GCAUGGUCAUCGACAACAAAGGGGAACAGAACAAGACGUUCACUUUGAACGCUGAUGCCUUCUUGAAGAUGAAAAAAUUAAGAUUGCUCAAAGUCUUCCAUCUCCUAAACUCUCAAGACCUCAAAUAUCUUUCAAAUGAGUUACGGCUUUUAGAAUGGAGCAGAUAUCCUUUAAGAUACUUGCCUUCAAGCUUCCAAUCAGACAAUCUUGUUGCACUUCUCCUACCUUAUAGCCCCAUUGAACAAAUAUGGAAGGGAAACAGAGUAAGAAUUACUUCAUUUGAUGUUUGCCUUUAGAACAGCAAGAGAGAUUAAGAGUUUUAAGACAUUUCAACUUUCCAAUAUAUUCGACUUUCCAAGCUUGAUUGUCUUCGAUUAUCAGAUUGCAGGGAGCUUAAAUCGUUGCAGAGCUCCUAAGAAGUAUAGGACAUGUGAUCAUAGAUGGUUGUGCUUCACUGGAAAUAGUUGCAGAUCCAACAACA